CCGAAUAUUAUCUGCAAACACCGUUAUUUAAUCAUUUAACAUCUUUGUACAUAUUCGUAGACUACAAAGCGGGGGACAGCGGCAGAAACGGGUUGUGAUCAACCCCCGGCCAAUCAGCAGCAUCGGGGGCGUAGCCGGCGAGACGCCUCCUCUCUAUAUAAAGGGGGACGCGUCGCAGUCGCGUCCUGUCUGUGUGCGAGUGGAGGCGGGUGAGGGGCUGCAGCGAUGGGGAACACGGUGGCUCGGGAGGACUUUGAGUGGGUUUACACGGACCAGCCCCACGCCGAUCGCCGCAAGGCGAUCCUAGCUAAACAUCCAGAAAUAAAAGCUUUAAUGAAGCCAGACAGCAACUUGAUAUGGGUGGUUGUACUGAUGGUUCUUGCACAGUUGAUUGCGUUUUAUCUAGUUAAAGACUUGGACUGGAAAUGGGUUAUGUUCUGGGCUUACGUUUUUGGCAGCUGCAUCAGUCACUCAAUGACUCUGGCUAUUCAUGAGAUCUCUCACAAUAGUGCCUUUGGCAAUUGCAGAGCUAUGUCGAAUAGGUGGUUUGGAAUAUUUGCCAAUCUCCCUCUUGGCCUCCCAUACUCUAUAUCUUUCAAGAGAUACCACAUGGAUCAUCAUCGCUAUCUAGGAGGUGAUGGAAUUGAUGUGGACAUUCCUACUGACUUUGAAGGCUGGUUUUUCUGUACUCGUUUUAGGAAGUUCAUAUGGAUUGUUCUUCAGCCCUUUUUCUAUGCUAUUCGACCUCUCUGCAUCAAUCCCAAGCCAAUUUCUCGAUUGGAAAUCAUCAACGUGUUGGUGCAGCUCUCUUUUGAUGUUCUAAUAUACUACUACUUGGGAAUUAAAUCAACCUUCUACAUGAUUGCAGGAUCAAUACUUGGACUGGGGUUGCACCCAAUUUCAGGACACUUCAUAGCUGAACAUUACAUGUUCUUAAAGGGACAUGAGACUUACUCCUAUUAUGGGCCACUUAAUUUGCUCACUUUUAAUGUUGGCUAUCACAAUGAACACCAUGACUUUCCCAAUAUUCCUGGCAAGAACCUUCCAUUGGUGAAGAAAAUAGCAGCUGAAUACUAUGAUGAUCUUCCACAAUAUAACUCCUGGAUAAAAGUGCUUUAUGACUUUGUGAUGGAUGACACAAUCAGCCCUUACUCACGCAUGAAAAGGAAAUUAAAGGGUGAUGUGAAACAGGAUUAAACUUCACCAACCAAAAGACUCUACAAAGCAAGAUCUGGGAUAUUUAACAAGAAUUCCUUGUACCAGCUACUUGAAAAGUGUUUGUAUCCUGAAUUAUUAAACUUCAGACAUCUACAAGAAUGCAUUGAUGUAUCCUAAAACAGACCUCUUCAGACCAAUUAGACUACCACUAGCUAAACAUUCUAAGUCAUUGGUGUAACUAAUAUACAAAACACGAUUGAAUAUGCUCAGUGUAUGUGUAUAAUAGUACUUAAGUUUGUUUUAUAUUAUUUCACAGCUGCUAACAAAUCUUGUACUCAGACACCUGUUUCUGGCUUGUCAGUUUAGACUUAUAAAAGAUGCUUCAAACUAUUUAUAGUUCUGGCUUGUCCUGUACUGCCCAUUCCAUGCUCAAACUUAGUCAAUUUUAGUAUUAAAGUUCAUACUUGAUAAAGUUAAUUCUAAGCUAACAUGAUUAACUUAAGUCUUGUUUCAACUUAUUUCUGUCUCUGAACUUCUUUGGUGGUGGGCAGUAAGGGAGAAACUAAACCUCUAAACAGCAGUUAAUAUUGAGUGAAUCUGCCUUGAUGGCUAGUUCACUGGUGAACCAAAGCAGUGACAGAGCCAGGUUGUUAUCAACAGUGACUAUCUCACUACCCCUAGUAUUGAAAACUACUUCAUGAGGCUGCUGCUUUUUACUAACCACUCUUACUGGUACUGGGGACUAAAUUAGUGACUAUUCUGCCACUAUUUUUCUAAUAGCUAUAUGCCCAGGAAAUUAGUCAAAUAAUCUGAAGACAAGUGUGUUUAGACCCUGGUGCAAAAACCUCUACUAGCCUGGUAUGGCUGAGUGGGCUUGUUUAGCUUUUAAUAAAGCCACAUUGAGUGGGUUUUGUUUUAAUGCCAGUCAGAUGUACACAUACAUCUAUGUAAUGAAGAGGCAAUUUGGGAAAACACACUAGGCACCUCAGUCCUAGUUUAGGCUCUACUAUGAACCCUGUUGGCACCUAACCAGUUAGGAACUUGUACCUUGAAUGAGUUUAGGUUUCUGCCUGUGGGCAUGUGCACUACUGUCUUAAGCCCUAAACUGAUUCACAAAGCAGGGGAAAAGAGGUUUUGUCUGCCUCCAGUGUGUGCAGGCCCCAGUCCACUAGAUGUUGAGAGACCACCUACUGUAUUGUUGGUAAUGAUGGUGCUGCCUUUCUAUCUUCACCCCAUUACCAUAAACAUUUAGGUUCCUCAGCUGCCUCUAAACAGCUGGUUCCCAUGUGGAUUGCUAAAAUGAGGUAGCCUGGAUGUAGUGUCCCUCUCAGAGAGGGACACGAUGUCAUUAGCAUCUCCUAGGGGUUAGUUAAGUGCUCCUGCCUAGUGUACUGGUUUUUGUGGAUUGCAUUCUAAGAUGCCUAUCUAUUCCCCAUUCAUUGUAGGCAGCCUAGGGGCUUAACUCAGCUUUGGCAAUUAGUGUUCCUGUGAUUGUUUAGGCAUCUGACAGUAGGUGCUGUGAUGCUCAGCAUUGCAAUGCCUGGAUCCAUUCAUGGAUCCUACCCUUACGGCUGCCCUUACAAUUGACAGAUCUUAUGACCACUACUGAUUCCACCUUGAAAAUAAUUGCAGAUAACUGGAAAAUAUAUCACCUGAGGUAUGCAGAUGGCUAGGUGCUUCCUGAAUGGGGAAAUAGUUAUUGUAACCAGUUUUGUCAUUUGUGCACAUUUAAUGGUGUAGUUAAAAUGAAUUAAAAACCAAAUUGCAUUAACACAAACAAACCUUUCCUAUAUAGUGUAGGUUACUAUCUUCCUGUUCUCCAGCCAUACUUCCAAGUAGUGGGCUCUGUACAGUUCUGCAUCUUCUCAGCCUGCCUUGAUUGUUUGUGUUUCCCUAUCUCCAAAAAUGCAGAAUCUUAAACACUUUCUGUGAAGAACAAUUGAUCAACAGAAAAUUAUGCCGAUGCCCCUUCUGCCAUUUUAGUGAUCUUUUUAUAGGGCCAGAUUUCUAAAGGUGCCAAUAGGGCCUUUUCAAAAGUGCUUAUAUGCAUCUUUAAAAAUCUGACCCAAAACAGCAGUCCCAACCUGGUGUGUCAUAACAGCUGGAGCCAAACUUUUAGCCUUCAUUAAGUGGUGGUCUGUGCAAGGGAGGCUGAAAGACCAUUCUGGCCUAUGUUUCCAUUCUUUAGUUGCCCUUCUUGAGCCACUUUAAAAGGGCCUGAUUGCAAGGGGAGUAGAUGCUUAUUUUCUGAAUAUUGGCCUUGUGGUUCUGGGUGUCUAACUUGAGUCACUUUUGAAAAUGUAGGCCCUGGCUGGAUCUGAUUAAUUCAUAAAUAUCAGUGGUUUAAAUUUACAGCCUCCCUACAAAAGGUUAAGUAUUUACAAAUAAUUAACUCAUUUGGGGCCUAUCACAAAAUAGCUGGCUUACUGUACCAUGUAACUAGUUGCAUUUUUUUGGUCAACUAUGCUUCCUUUAUGUCAGUAUAAUCAGCACUUGAAGGUAAACCUAUAAAUAAAUGCUUUUGGAUAACACUGGAAAA